GAAUUAUUUCAAAAUUCAUCCAAACUCAAAUUUCUAAAACGCUUAAAAGCAUGAAAAGGGUUCGAUAGUUAUUGAUUUCAUUUUGUUCUUCCACCAUCGCGAAGUGAAGAAUAUGAUGAUACCCAAAUCAAGGCGAACACGUGUUGGCGGGCAGCCAAUUCAUCAGCAGCAACCGACUAAACUGUUUCCAAAAGUCUCCAUUCACUCUCUCCGGUGCACCGUCUCAACGUCCCUCACCUUCUUCUUCAUUGAGGAUCGGAACCACCAUCUGAGAAGCACACGCAGAAAUGGCCGAGCGUUUCUUCCCAAACCAAAUGCCACGCUUCCCUGCCGAAGCACCGCCGGACGAACUAGCAUCAUCCCAUUCCUAUUCCGCCACUCUCAUUCCCACAGAGCUCCUUUCACUUCCCGAUGCCGCACUUUCUGAUCGCCUUAGACAGGCAGCUCUCAACCUCAAAGAAACGGUCGUGAGAGAGACGUGGACGUUGAGUGGAAGGCAUCCGCAGGAUAAUACUUUGUAUACUGGAGCAUUGGGGACGGCUUUCCUGGCUUUGAAAUCCUUCUUUGUUUCUAAAAAUGAGAAUGAUCUCAAAUUGUGCUCUGAGAUUGUCACUGCCUGUGAGUCUUUAUCUAAAACAUCGAGACAUGUGACAUUUAUCUGUGGCCGAGCUGGAGUUUGUGCUCUUGGUGCAGUUGCAGCUAAGUUCGCUAAUGAUGGAAGGCUAGUUGACCAUUACUUGGCAAAGUUUAAAGAUAUCAAACUACCUAGUGAUUUACCAAAUGAACUGCUAUACGGCCGAGCAGGGUUCUUAUGGGCCUGCUUAUUCCUAAACAAGCACAUUGGACAGAACACGAUAUCUAACAAUUUUAUGAGAUCGGUGGUGGACGAAGUUAUCGAGGCUGGUAGAACAUUGGGUGAGAAGAGUAAAUCUCCGUUAAUGUAUGAAUGGCAUGGGAAGAAGUACUGGGGUGCUGCCCAUGGAUUGGCUGGAAUUAUGCAUGUCUUGAUGGACAUGGAACUAAAACCAGAUGAGGUUGAGGAUGUCAAGAAUACGCUGCGUUACAUGAUAAAAAAUCGAUUUCCAAGUGGCAAUUAUCCUUCGAGCGAAGGAAGCGAAUCUGACCGUCUGGUGCAUUGGUGCCAUGGGGCUCCAGGGGUUGCCCUUACACUCGGAAAAGCAGCUGAGGUUUUUGGAGAUGAUGAGUUUCUGCAAGCAGCGAUAGAUGCCGGGGAAGUCGUCUGGAACCGGGGUUUGCUGAAACGGGUUGGCAUCUGCCAUGGAAUUAGCGGUAACACAUAUGUGUUUCUUUCACUUUACCGAUUAACGGGUGAUCUAAUGUACUUACACAGAGCCAAAGCAUUUGCAUGCUUUCUGCAUCAGAAUGCAGAAAAGCUAAUUUCAGAAGGGAAGAUGCAUUCUGGUGAUCGUCCUUAUUCCUUGUUUGAAGGAAUUGGGGGAAUGGCAUAUCUCUUUUUUGACAUGGUUGAGCCAAAUGCAGCAAAGUUCCCAUCUUAUGAACUGUAAAGUUCUAUUUAACACUUACCUUAGACAUCUGUAUGUACAAAGAAGUUCAGAGUUUUUAAUAGUUGUACUUGUACCUUUGGGACUUUUGUACUGCAGGGAGAUUUUUAUCAUUUUCUAAUAAAUACACAAAUAUUGUAUGUA